UUUUUGUUUUUGUUUUUGUAAUGCUAACGUUGCCAACAAAGAAGAAGACUCCAAAACGGAUACUAAGUUAGAAUAGAGAACAGCGCGAGAAUCUUCGCGUAACGCUUUCUCAGCACAAAACGCUCGCUGCUGCUGCUGCAGCGUAGCAACUGACGUCGACGCCGUCGCUUCUGUGAAAUAAGUUGCUGACUCAAACAAAAUUUUCAAAUGGAGACAAAGAAUCCCCCGCCUACUGUCACGAGUAGCUAUCAUCAUCAGCGAGCGCCGCGCACACCCGAAAGCUAUUUCAAUGUACCAGAGUCGGUGGCUCUCCUGAACAUCGUCAAGUCGGAGAGAAUUCAGAGCGCGUUCCAAUCGAAUCGCAAGAAUCAUGCGAGUGUUUGGGAAAUGGUCGCCGAGGUGCUGAACCGGUUCAGCGCACGAAAGCGAACGGCCAAGCAGUGUUGCAAUCGGUACGAGAAUCUGAAGAAGAUCUAUACACAGCUGAAGAAGAAUCCGGAACGGCACGUCCGGCGCAACUGGCCGUACAUGUUUCUGUUCAAGGAGAUCGAGGAGCAGCGGGGCGAGUGCUGGGGCUCCAAUGGGAAGCGGCUGGCUCUGAUCAAUAAAAAUCACAAUGAGCUCUCCUACUAUCAGCGGCGCAGGCAGGCCGAGCUGGGUGUACUGCUAACCAAGGACACUCUGACGCCCCAUCAGCACAAUUUGCUGCAGAGCUUGAGCCACGCCCACUCGACAGACUCCUCGCAGAGUGGGGCCAGCAAGAUGGAGCGCGGCUUUAUGCCGAAUCAUUUUGUGGAGACGCAGCUGAGCGAGGGACCCUGCACGAAUGCACCGCUGCCGGUGGGCGUUGGCCAAGUGGGCGUGGCUGGCGUUUACGAUGACAAUCCUUUAGCGAACGCCGUCGCAGCAGCUGCAGCAGCAGUUGCCCAACUGCAGCAACAGCAACAGCAGCAGCAGCAGCAACAACAACAGCAGCAACAACAGCAGCAGCAGCAACCAAAUGGCCAGGAUCAGGAGCAACAGCCACAGCACAGUCUCAGUCACAGCCUCAAUCACAGUCUCAAUCAGAGUCUCAGCCACAGUCUCAACCACAGUCACAAUCACAAUCACAGUCACAGUCACAGUCACAAUCACAGUGCCGCAUUUAAGGAUCAUGGACAUGGCUUGCACGAUGAACCGCCCGAAGCUUCAGAUUUCGACAAGGAUUGCAAUGGACCGCUCAACUUGCAUCACAACAGCAGCACGGGCAACGACAAUAACAUAUCCAUGAAAUCCGAGCCGCUCUCCGAAGGUGAAUUCAAUCCUGAUGACAUACAGCUAAUGCAGACCAACUACAAUGGUGCUCAGAACUUUUACUCGCCGAGCAUAGAUCAGAAUAUUCUGCAUCCGGAUGUGAUUGUGGAUACGGAUAAUCUAUCCGAUUGCAGUUCAUCGGCAUCGCUGAAGAGCGGCAAACGGAAGUUGUCCACAUCAACGGACGGGGAUAGCACCAACUACGAGCUAAUCGAGUAUCUAAAGCGUCGCGAGAAGCGAGACGAGGAGCUGCUCAAGCGUAUGGAUGCACGUGAGGAGCGUUUCAUGAAUCUGCUCGAGCGCACAGUCAUUGCCAUUGAGCAGCUGGCAGCGGGCAAGGCUCAAGCGGUAGUUGCCAGCAAAGCCACCGAAACGGAAACAGCGACGAAAACUGACUUGGAUGCAGUUUCUCCAGCAACAGAACUGCCUCUUCAAUGUGUGGAAACGGACGAUGUCAUAGAUGCAGAUAUUGCGGCAGAGGAGUCAGAGGCGGAGUCAACAGGAGUCGAAGUUGACCCAGAAACGGGAGCAGCAACUGCAGUGGCAGUAGAGACAAAAGUAGUUGACGUAGAAAAUGGAGUAAAAAUAGGAGCAGAAGCAGAGAGUGCAUCGAAUCAAACGUAAAACAAAGAACAAAAACAAAAACAAAUUGAAUGCAGUGCCAAAGACGAGCUAUGGCUCGGAAUCUAAAUGAGAUUUUGCAACGUUUACUUAAUA